CGUUGAAAAGAGGAUUUGAUGACUCUUCAGAGCGAGUCCAGAUGUGCAACCUCUGACCCCCGAAUCAUGGACCUCCGUCUGCAGGCCAGCCCUCAGAUCCACUACAGAGUCAACGGAGACGCCGGGCGAAACUCCAGGACACGCGACGACGAUAAGGACAAUACCCUGAACUUUCUGAGCCAGGAGGAGCAGGAGUGCAUCCAGUUCUUUGAGAAAACCAUCGACUCGUUGGAUGAAAGUCUGGAGGAGAACGACCGGAUGAAGACCCCAGCGAACAGCAUCCACCAGACCUCGAGUGCUAGUGGUUCCUCGCGCAUGCCGAGGCAUCCUGUCGCCAAAGACCAGGACAUUAUUUACCUGGUCCGCCCAGAACCGGACCUACUGCAGAACAAAGAGCCGAUCUACAAUCCCACAAGUCCAGACUUUAUGAACAUGAUGCAGACCCCUGGAAGCCACUUCGAGAUAAAGCCGAAGCGAGAUGCAACGGACGGCUUACCCUCCGAGUACAACCCUCCUUUACCAAGUGGCAGCUAUGGAGCUACAGACGGCCACUACUCCUACCACCCUCCAGGCUGCAUCCCCACCCCAGUUCUUAUUGCCCAGCAGUUAGCAGAUAACCAGGCAGGAACUUCCUCUAACUUGCAUCCCUCCUCGUUCCUCCGCCACCCGAGCAUCGAGUCGGACAAGCAAUUGAGUCCGAGUAGCGAUCUUCCUAAACAUGGCCCUCCAACUUAUGCUAAACCGAACCGUUUUCCGGACAACAUCAGUGUGAUCCACGGCCAUAAGGACACUCAGAACCAGUCGCUGGCAAAUGUCCACAUCCAAGAGAGAAAGGCGCAGAUGUUAGCAAACCUUACAGGUACGGCUCGCCCUUUGCUGCAAGACGACUCUCCCCUGACCGUGGAGUCUCGACAGACUCCCACUCGCAGUAUUUCCUUCAAGGACCCCUCACCAGACAAAUCAAGGAUGGAGGCCCUGUCUAAACUGGGUCUACACAGGAAUCGAGCGAUGUCUGGAGGUACGUCGCUCAUCCCGGUCCCUGACGCCUCUUUAGGUCCUCUCGCAGGUGCAGAAACCAAGUCAGUGGAGGUCAGCGCUCCCCCAACACCAACCACCACCAAAUUACCAGGAGUUACGACACCGAGUCAGAGCCAGAUCGUCAAGAAACCAGAGAUUGAGCGGUCCGAAUCCCUCAAGAGGUUUGACGAAAGAAGCCGCCAAUCGAGCCCUUCACCUCCAGCCAUGACACAAAGUAGCUACCUUCCUCCUCCUCUACUAGAAACCAGGACAUCUCCAUCUUUCCCCGCUCCGCCUGAAGUCACUUCGCUCGAACCGAACAACUAUGGGGGGAAAUCCAUCACGGUGAAUCCUUCUCAUUCCUUCAGAAGAGAGUCGUUACCUUCACCAAGUAGCCCUGAUCCCAAAGUCCUGCCCCCUGCGCUGGCUAACCCCACCGAGUUCAACCCCUACGGAGGAAAGACCAAAGUCAUGACCCCUUCUCACGUAGCCAAGAGCGACCUUCCAGAUAUCCUCAGCUCCCACAUCGACAAGAGUCAAAGCUUACCCGCCAAACAAGAACCGCUACCCACUGCGCUGAACAGCCAUGGAGGAAAAAGCCGAGCUUUCAACCCUUCCUACGGGUUGAAUCGCCCGACGGACAGUCCUUCCAAGAGUUUCAAAGCUCCAGCUCCCGCUCCCGCUCCGGCACCAAGACCUCCUCGUCACUCCUAUCAUGGCGGCGUUUCUACAUCGUUACCAGCACCUCGAGCAUUAUCUCCUGAUCACAGGCGAAGAUCCACCUUUCGUCCCCAAGGCAUCACCGUGCAGUUUUCUGGACGAGGAGCGACGGACGAAUCGCGCAGAGAAGCCUUGAGGAAACUUGGGUUGUGGAAGGAGUCUUGAUAAACUUUCUGUACCUGUCGAGCGUGAAUUUCUGCUUGAGGAAUGCUGGAAGUUUCCCCCAUGUUUGUCUGAACUUGAGGCGUGGUAGGGGAAAGACUUUUUCGAGAUCUUACGAUAGAACCUGCACAGCCAGUUCUCACUUCCUGGUCAUAAAACAAACUGACAAUCAAGUGUGUCACGUUCGACAAAGAUAAACUACUUUAUAUUAUAUCUGAUCCAAGACAUUGUAUACCACAAAUUGUUGCUGUAAAGAGGAGCAUCCUCUUCCUGCAGGAAUCAAAGAACUUUUGGUUUGCCACAAACGAGGAUGAUUGUGAAUAUCUGGAUCUUUUCAAACUGGCUCCUAUUUUCUUAUGUGUAUCAAACGGUACUAAACAGGAGGAAGUAGUGUAUUUAUCGGUGGCGGACUUAUCCACUUCUGGUACUUUUGGGAAUGUUUCUGGUGGUGUAUUUGGGAUUGAGUCGAGAUGAACUACAAUAGGAGCAUCUUUUGCAAAUGAGGCCCACUUUAUAAAGGUUAUCAAGACUUUUAUUGGGAUUUUUUUAUGUUGUUUUAAAGCCAAAAGUAAGACUGGGUAAUUCAUUGGGGAAAUGGCAAAAUUACCUGUGACACAAACCUUCUAGGGCUCCCAAAAAGAAACCAAAUAUGUUCAUUUGCAGUAAUUUUGAAACCUUAUCCUGUAGCAGGGACUCAGAAUCUAGUUUUUAUUCCAUCAAUCAAAGUUUAUUUAUAUAGCCCAAUAUCACAAAUGUUACAUUAGUCU